AUGUCCCAUCCCAUUCGUCGCUCUAGCCUCGGUGGAAUGUUGUUGCGUCGCAGCAAGAGCGCCGACUUGAAGAAGCAGCAGAAGCUGGCCCGGGAGCAGGAGCUCCAGCGCCAGCGCGAUGCUGUUUCCAAGUCCCCGCCACGCCUGCCGGUCUUGUACAAUGGGGCCCCUGCGCCUCAGUUAGCUCUCGGUGGUGAGGCCCGCCCCGACUCGAUCGCUAUCGUUUCUGGCAGAGCCGGGUAUGCUCCUGCUCCCUCGGCCGGCCCCCCCGCCGACGCCGCUGCUUUCGCUACUCCUGCCCCACGCCCUUCCGUGGAGCCAGCUCGCUCGAACUUCAGCAUCCCCCCUCCUCCUAUUCCCAACGGUGGCUUCGACCCUUACGCUGGCUCUGGGAGCAUGGCACAUCGCGGUCGCUACAGUUAUGCCAGCAGCGCCAUGAGUACCAUCAACAGCCCCAGAAGAGUCAGGAGGAGGAAAGAUCCUACUCCUUUCAACAUUCUCGUCAUUGGUACCUCUAAUUCCGGCAAGUCAUCGUUUCUCGAGUUCCUCAAGGCUGCACUUGCUCUCCCGGCCAAGAAGCGCUCCAAAAGCACCAUCGAGCACGAAGAGAUCCCCAAGCCACCGCCGUCCGGAAACUUCAUUCCCCAUUACUUGGAGACCGAAAUCGACAAUGAGCGUAUUGGUUUGACCCUGUGGGACUCGGAAGGGCUGGAGAAGAAUGUGGUGGACUUGCAGCUCCGAGAGAUGUCGGGUUUCCUCGAGAGCAAAUUCGAGGAGACGUUUGCCGAGGAGAUGAAGGUUGUGAGAGCCCCUGGUGUACAAGAUACCCACAUUCAUGCCGUCUUCCUGGUCCUCGACCCGGCACGACUCGACCGGAAUGUCGCCGCGGCCAAGGCAGCCGGCGCCAACGGUUACGUCAGCGGCGGCAAGCAUUUUCCCCAUGCACGCAUCUUGGGCAGCCUUGACGAGGACCUCGAUCUCCAGGUGCUCCGAACUCUUCAGGGCAAGACCGCUGUCAUUCCAGUCAUUGCCAAAGCCGACACCAUCACAACCAAGCACAUGAAUGUCCUUAAGAGGUCGGUCUGGGACAGUCUCAAGAAAGCCAAUCUCGAUCCCCUGGAGGCUCUGGGUUUGGAUGCCGAUGACGACGAGUCAACUCCUGAUUCGAGCAAGAUUCUCGAGGAAGACGAGGAUGAAGAAGAGCAUCCAUCAUCGAACAGCGAGGCUGGGGGAAGCACGGACGGCCAAAGCCUACCUAUUCAGGGACAGAGCCCGUCUCCCAACUCCAAGAGGCUAUCCAAUGGCUCCGUCCGCCGAAGCAAGACAGAAGACACCCUAAAGGACGACGAAGUGCCCUUCUUCCCCAUGUCGAUAAUCAGUCCUGACAUCUACGAACCCGAAGUGGUCGGACGCCAGUUCCCAUGGGGCUUUGCCGACCCAUACAAUGAGGAACACUGCGACUUUGUUCGUCUGAAGGAGGCUGUGUUCAGCGAGUGGCGCGGCGAACUUCGCGAGCUCAGCAGGGAACAAUGGUACGAGGGCUGGAGAACCAGUAGGCUCAAACAACGAGAUGGGGCGAAGCUUCGCAGAUAG